CCUAGAUGGAGAAAACGCGGGAAACAACACAAACGUAACCGGGUUCGUUGUUGUCUUUAAUCUCAAACAAACAGGGGGUGGCUUAGUUUGCAGUUCGGUUUUAGCACACCUCCUCACCGUAUAACAUGAAUUCUGAACGGUUAAUCGGUUCACCCAUCAAACAUUUAAUCAAACCGCGCCCUUACACAGUAAUUGUUGAGGGAAACAUUGGAAGUGGAAAAACCACGUUUCUUAAUUAUUUUCAGCAGUUCGACGAUGUUAAUGUGCUCGCAGAACCUGUUAAUAAGUGGAGGAAUUGCAAUGGAUACAAUUUAUUGGAAAAAAUGUACAUUGACCCGAAAAAGUGGAGUUUCACUUUUCAGUCGUACGUGCAGUUGACGAUUCUUCAACACCACACUUUAAUGACGAGGCACCCCAUAAAAUUAAUGGAACGGUCGAUAUAUAGCGCAAGGAAUUGUUUCGUGGAACAAAUGGCUAGAACUGGAAGUAUUGACUGUUGUUCUGUCUCUGUGAUGGAUGAGUGGUUCAAAUGGGCCCAAGAAAGCUGCGAUUUGUCAGUGGAUUUAAUAGUGUACCUGAGGACGUCACCGAAAGUCGCACAUGAGCGCACAUUGAAGCGUAAUCGUCGAGAAGAACAAUCAGUGCCUUUGGAGUAUUUCAGAGACAUACACAACCUGCACGAAGACUGGCUCAUUCAUAACAAAUUCAACUGUCCGGCACCCGUUUUGGUAAUUGAUGCAGAUCUAGACCAGUCUGUCAUUCAAAAAGAGUAUUUAAAGUGCAAAGCGCAAAUAUUUACGAGUAAAUCAUUGAAAGUUUAGUGUAAGCACUUUAAGUUAACCUUUAAGGUUUAAAAAUUAUUUUCUUAUUGCAACUGUGUAUUUUAUGUAGGAUCGUUUUAAAUUUCAUUUGUGUAGUUUUCAAUUUUAAUUAAAUAAAUAUCAUCUAAGUUUUAA